AUGGCGUUUAGUGUCAGUAUUGCUAGUAGAUUCAUGGAGAUACCAAAGGUGUCUCACUUGGCAACCUUUAAGAGAAUCCUACGAUACGUCAAAGGUACUCUUGGAUGCGGAUUUCUCUUUCCCGCAACUAAUACGGGAAAAAAGUGCAAAUUUCUCGGUUAUACCGAUUCCAAUUGGUGUGGAGAUAAGGAUGAUCUAAAGUCUAUGACUGGUUAUGUCUUUAUGUUCGGAGGAGCUCUAAUCUCUUGGUGUUCUAAAAAGGAACUUAUUGGGACACUCUAUUCUUGUGAGGCCAACUAUAUCAUGGCGUCGUUGUGUGCGUCUCAGGCUAUGUGA